CCGGGGGCGGCCCCGGGCAGGUUCCCCCGGAGCGGCGGCGGGAGCGGCGGAGCGGAGAUGCCGUACCUGCUCAUCAGCACCCAAAUCCGCCUGGAGGCUGGGCCCACCAUGGUGGGUGACGAGCACUCGGAUCCCCACCUGAUGAGCAUCCUGGGGGCCACAAAGAGGAGCACGCUGGGCAACAACUUCUGCGAGUACUACGUGAACGACGCUCCGCGCGUGGUGCUGGACAAGCUGGAGAGCCUCGGCUACCGCGUGGUCAGCAUGACCGGCGUGGGCCAGACCCUGGUCUGGUGCCUCCACAGGGAAUAGCCAGGGAGAACCCUGCCUUCCACCCGGACCACAUCCUGCUGGAGAUCAUCUUAUAGGACUGGCAGCAAACUUUUCCCCCUUAAUUCCUUCCUGUCCCAGACUCCAGGUGCUCGGGCAGGGGAGGAACGGCGCAGAGGCAGAGCUGGACCCAGUGGAAUUUUGGCAUCCCUGUUCCGUUUCCCAAGAGCAGAGGGAGGAAGGUAUGCCCAGAAGCUGGCAGAGGGAACAGAUGGCUCCAGCUCUGCCUUCAGUGGGAUGGCAGUCUGGCAAAUUCCAGCUUUUUACAUUUUAAUCAUGUAUUCAGCAUGCCCUGGAGGAAGCUCAGUAACAGCCCU